UCGUCAUAGUCACGGCAGCAGGCAGGAUCACACCGUCCUCGGUCACCGCUGGUUUCCUCAAGAUUUUGAACUUCUCCCGUCCUCUGGUUUCAUUUGUCAUCGAUUCGAGUAGCAAAAUUUAUGUAUUGAUAUACCAAGAUUUAUAUGCUUCCUAUCUCCGGGGCUUAUAGGGAUUGUCUUCGGUUUUGGAAUCUAGCCGAUAAAAAUUUGAAUGCACGACUUUUCCUUGUUCGAUCGACUGUUCGCAUAAAAAUUGGUCGAGAUAACAAGGAUUGCGUUCUAGUUUAGACAGCGGAUCUAUUCGUGUUGGUGUUGGUGGUGAUGCGAUCAUGGCGUUUCUACUGUUGUCAGCCUUUGCUGCUGGGGCGCUCGCCGUUGUCGCUAUGGAAGCAUUAGGACUGUGGAUUUUAAUUCUCCGUUUGAAUCGAAAAGUUGAGAGAGAAGAACUCGGAGACAAGGCUAAGGCUGCGGUGGCCGUCUCUUCUCCUGGCGAUCCCAAUCCUUCUUUAUAUGAUAAGCAGGGGCCUAUUUGGGUCCUAGAACCAGAUAAAAUCCCAAAAUCUGGCAUUGAGGACAAAUUGCCAACAGAGACAAGAAGACGAAAAGAUAUAUUGGAGGUUACACCUGUCCGGAAAUAUGCAAGAAUUAGAGACUGUUACCUUGUCUUGUUGGACUCAGAUUGUUCUGAUGUGAAUAUUUUACUGAAGGGCUGCACAGUUGUUGCUGUUUCUUCCACAAGAAUGCCAUCAAGGAAAUGGGCAAAGAGGUACCCAAUCAAAUUGGAGAACAAGGGUGCAGCCAUAUAUAAAGGGCAUAAAAUAAUUUAUGUCUAUCUCGACACAUCUUGGGAGAAAGAAUCCUGGUGCAAAGCCCUUCGUCUUGCUUCCUGUUGCGAUGAAGAAAAAAAUGUGUGGUUUUCCAAGUUAAGCAAACAGUUCCGUUGUUACUUGGCAUCUCUAAAUACUGGAUAUCCAUCAUUUUUUAAGCCCUUGCCUGGUUUCAGCCUCGGAUUGACUGACAAGUCUGUUAAGCUAGACAACUCUUCAUCGAAAGUUCGUCAGUUCUUGAAGAAACUUACAAAGAAAUCUUCAAAAGGUUGGCAUGACCAGGAAGAAAGAAAAAUAAGUGGAAAAUCCAGAUCAUUUCAAGACUUGAUUUUAGAAAAUGGCUCAACCAAAAUGGAAUCAAUGAGAAAACCCAUAUGCGUUGAUGAUCAUGGUGUGGCAACUACAAUGUCAACCACUUCUGAGCCUGGAACCAAAAGUCAUUUAUCUGGAAUAUCUGAUGGAGAUUCCAAUCACAAGUAUUGUGAUGAAGGAACGCUGUUUCUGAAUGUUUUCAUUUCCCGGUUGUUCUUCGAUGCCAAGAAUAAUGUUCAGAUUAGGAGCUCCUUACAAAACAGGAUCCAGAGAGCAUUAUCCAAUACGAGAAUCCCCAGUUACAUUGGUGAAGUCACUUGUACUUCUGUGGAUCUUGGUUCCCUGCCUCCCCGCAUCCUUGCAAUGAGGGUCCUACCCUCGGAUAUGAAUGAAUUGUGUGCCUUAGAAAUUGAUGUUGAGUAUUUAGGUGGUAUGCUUAUGGAAGUUGAAACAAGGCUUGAAAUACAAGAAUUAGAAUUUGAAGGGGAGGAAGCUCGCCUCAGUGUGAAUACUCCUGGUGUGGCGACCCCUGACCUUCUGGAAGGUUUUGAUGAUCUUGGGAAACAACUGAAGCUUUCUGAAGAGACAAUUAAUGAAAUAAAACAUAAAGCUGAAGGAUAUCAUGACACAGAUGAGUCAGAAAUACCUAAAAGCUCUCUGUAUUCAUCAUCCCAAGGAUCUCGGUGGAAAUCUAUAUUACAAUCUAUCACCAAACAGGUUUCACAGGUUCCUCUCUCAUUGAAAAUAAGGGUUUCUUCUCUCUGUGGAACACUGAGAUUGCGCAUAAAGCCUCCACCUUCAGAUCAAAUAUGGAUUGGUUUUACUUCUAUGCCUGAAAUUCAGUUCAACUUGGACUCUUUUAUUGGAGACUAUAAAAUCACAAAUGGGCAUGUCGCAGUGUUCAUGAUCAGUCGAUUCAAGGCUGCAAUCCGUGAAUCGUUAGUACUACCGCACAGCGAAUCUUUUGGGAUUCCAUGGAUGUCAGCAGAAAAAGAUGAUUGGGCACCAAAGAGUGUUGCUCCUUUCAUGUGGUGUAAAAAUAAUCACGAAUCUUCUAGUGACACAAAACAGGAGGCGCCUUGCUUCCGACAUGGGGAAGAAACACAAACUGUCGAAGAUAAUCGUGUAAAUCCCACCACCCCAGAAGUCAACCAUGAAAACCCAAGACAUGAUGCUGGUAUCCCUCAAGUAUCAUAUGGGUCUUUUGACCGCGUUUCCAUGGAUGAAUUGGCAGUGAAAAACAGCUCUUCUCAAGAACUCAGAGCCCCUCUGUUGAAAAAGGAUAAAAUGCAAGAGUCCAGCCCGAGGAGCGCAGAGGAAAGCCCAGAGGUUUUGAUGAAUUCUUUAGGACUGGUCUCUGUUGAGGGACAAAACCAGAAUGUAGAAGAUGAUGAUUCGAGACCACGCAGAAUAGGAACAAGAGAACGUAUGCGGGGGUUGGGGAAGAAAGUGGGAGAAAAGCUCGAGGUGAAGAGACGCCACUUCGAAGAGAAGGGAAGAAGUUUUGUUGAGAGGAUGAGAGCACCGUGAGAAUGUACUUAAAUAUUGAACGCGUUUGCUUGCAGAGUAUUAUUGUUGCCAGGCUGCUCUGUUGUAGUGGCCUAAUAUACCUUUGAAGUGUCUGAACUCGACACUCCCUUAUUUGUAUCAAGAAAUUUAUUCUGGACUGGCGGAGGAUGUCUAGCCUGCAUGAUGUUGGGAAUUCUUCAUGAGAUCCACAAGAUGCCCAUCUGUACAGAUUUAUAAGGUCUUCUUUAAGGUUGCGCGUUCCUGAUGUGGCUUUAGGUGCUUGUCACGGUACUGUAUAGAACAGAAAGGCAGGCAGUAAUUCAAGCACGAAAGUGUUAACUGGCAUUGCGGCCGAGAUUUCUUGAGGUUUAGUUGAAUGCUGCUGCAGGGUAUGGUGAAAACGGUGAGAUGUGGGAUGCACGAUGUAUGUCUUCUGGGUAAGGGUAGGGUAGGGUAGGGUAGGGUAUGUACAGAAAAAGUGAAUUUCUUUUCCCAUGUCUCUCUGUGGUGCGAACUGACCAUCAUUACCAUCGUAACCAGCGACACCAGUAAGGCUUGAUUGUAGGCUCUUGGUCCUCCCGGAGAUUCCUUCGUCCCAUGAUACAACAACAUAAAAUAGGCGUCAUUUCCGAGUGAAAAUUGUAGGGUCCAAUUGUUCGCCCUAAGAGCUAUCAUUCAUAUAAGCUAGAGAUUUGGAAACGCCUGCUGUUCUCCCACGCUGAUCAAGAAUCCUUCCAUAAUGCAUUGACAUUGGAUUUAUAUAUGUCGUUGAAGCUUUGUCUUGAUUCAUAUUUGUAUAUGUUAACUCAGCGCAUAUGAUCACACUAUUAACUAACACACGAAACAGACACAGAAGGAAGAAAGAAAUCAAAGAGCUCACUGUUCAUUAUAUAAGGGAGUUUAUUUGAUUGGCACAAGGAAGGAAGCAAGCAAGCAAAACAAGCAAACAGUCUUUAUUUAAUUACUACUUAUUGACAGCAGUGCGAAAGCAGCAGAGGGCAGACGAAGCAGCAGUUGGGCAGGUGGAUUGUCUAGUAAUCUUCAGCUGCCAGAGGCUGAUGGUGAUGAUGAGCGGUGUGAGCAUGGGGUGUCUCCGACUGUAUGACGCCGAACUCAUAGACCACAGCUGCCAAAGCUGCACCGACAAAGGGGCCCAGCCAGUAGAUCCAAUGGUCCCUCCACCUCCACCCCACCAGCGCCGGUCCAAAUGCCCGUGCAGGGUUCAUAGA